AUGGAUGUAGUUUUAGAUACUGAACCUGAGUCAUCACAAACAGAGGAUUCAGACUGGGAUCCAGAAAUUGUGAGGCCAGAUCUCAUUUUAAAACAAGUAUGCAAAGCGGGAAUGGUAACAGUGUAUACAGGGUUACCUGAUGCAGAGACAUUCAGUUAUCUGUUUGAUUAUUUUAAGCCAAAAGCUAAAAGCAUGAACUAUUGGAAAGGCAAUCACAAGUUCUAAAAGAAAAACCUAAUGAAAGGACUGCACAGCGUCUUACUGAGGUAUUUGAAAGGUACGAAGAUGCUGGCAUAGAACCACCCUCAGUCAAGAGAGGGCCAUCCAGAAAACUAAGUCUUGAGCAAGAGUUUCUCAUGACUCUUAUGAAGUUUUUUUUUUUAUUUUUUUUAUUUUUAAUAACAUUUAUUCAAUCAACAAUCAACAAUCAAAAAUACUUACAAACACUACGAUACUUACACUACUUACAAUACAAUAUUUAGAAUACAAUAGACUAAGGUACUUACUCUGUUUACAAUGUAAAGACUUACAAUACUCAGUACUUACAACACUACCUACUCACUACUCACACUACAAUGCACUAUUUACAAGCAGUUCUAAUUAGUAAUUGUACUUCAAAACCAACAUUUAUUCACGGUAAACGCACUUAUAAAAACGCACUUAUAUCUUAAGUGUCUUAAAGAGGCAGCGAUUGUGAAGCAAAAGAUACACCAGGUUAAUGCUGGAGAAAAUGAGCAGAGGAUCGAGUUAUACAAAUGUAUACAAAAUCAAAGGCUUACUGAAAUAAGGAGCUCACAUUUUCCCACUUUUUUUGGUAAAAUGGGACCUGCAGUGGUCUCUAUGUGGUAGAAUGAUUUGAGGUAUUGCAGGAAGCCUGCUAUCUUUGGCGAGGUUUCCCUUCUUUUGCUAAUCCAGAUGUAAUUUCUGGCUAGAAGGAAAAGGAAAUUAAUUUGCUGGCAGUUUUUUGAAGAAUCCAGCUUUAGACCAAGUACAACAAAUAUAUCUAAUAUGUAAUGUUCCGGUGUAAUGUGGAGCAAAGUCAGCUUAAGAGAUAAACUAUGCCAGAAAAAGGCCACUUUAGGACAAGACCAAAAAAGAUGAAGAAGUUUCUCCGGUUCAUUAUUACAAACAGAACAAUUUGGGUUGUCUUUUACGCCAAUUUUUGUUAAGAAGUCGUUCGUUGAUAUUCGUCUAUGUAAAAAUUUAUAUUGGAAUUCAAUAAUUCUUGUACUUUUAGUAUAUUUAGCAGCCAACUGGUAGGCUUCCCGCCAAUUAAUCGCCUUCACAUCAUUUUCGUUGCAGUCUUUUAGCCAUUUCUGUUGAUUAUGGGAUGGUAACUUGCAUUUUGUAUAAAGCAACUUGGUGUAUACAAGUUUGCUCGCACUUUGGCAUUCUGUUAAUCUUACUACAAAGGUUUCAUAAUUGUUGCAGUUUUUGAUGCAGUUUGUUUUACAUGUAGUCCAAAGAGAUUUUAGAGCAGACACUAGUCCGAAAUACUUUAAAAGACAAACUUUGAGGCUGUAUUUUUGCUGCAGCUCAGCUAGUGAUAAAAAUUUGUUAUGUUCAUCUUUCAAAUGUUUCACUUUCGUAACGCCUCGAUCAAACCAUUCACAAUAGAAGACAGGACAGUUAUCGAUUCUAAUGAGUGAGUUGUGCCAUAAAGUUUGUUCAAGAAAUUGUUUCUCGGACGUUAUGUUUUCAUCAAAAUUGACUUCCGCCCAGAUUGAAAGUAUCUCUUUUAUAAAGUUAUUCUUAAUCUUGAGAUUCUCAAUGGUAUCUUUCUUGUUUAAGUUACUAGUGAGGACUAUUGUGCCUCCAACUCGCUCUAACUCUAUAUCAAAAAAAUAUUUCCACUUUCCCUGGUUCUCUUCAUCCAGAUAUUUUUUAAUCCAUGUAGCUUUCAGGGACUUGUUAAAAGACUGUGUCUAUCAUUUUAAGUCCUCCAUUAGCAUAAUCGUUUGUUAUAAUGUCUCGUUUGAUUUUAUCUCCUUUUCCAUUCCAGAGGAAUGAAAAAAUAACUUGUUUACUUCUUUGAUAAUUUUCACAUUUGUGUGUAAAGGUGAGAGCACAUAAACGAGCUGAGAAGCAACCAGACUUUUUAGGACCAUUAUCUUUCCAACUAGGGUAAGUCUACGGUAUUUCCGGACCUUAUCUAGUUUUUCAUUAUAAUUUAAAGUUGCCUUUGCUUCCGGAUCAUUUGAAAACCAGGCACCUAAAGCUUUAACUUUACACUUCGGCCAUUUAAAGUUUCUUCCGAGAAUUGAUAUUUCAUCUUUGUUACAAUUUGCCCCAAUCCAAAAGGCUUCUGUUUUUUUGUCAUUAAGUUUUAAGCCAGAGACUUCAUAAAAAUCGUCCAGUGUUUUGAGAGAGGCUAUUAACGAUUCCUUUGUUCCAUCUACUAUAAGAGUUGUAUCGUCUGCAUACUGACUUAGUUUUAUUUCUUUACCGUUUACAAAGAUCCCUUUAAUACUUUUAUUUUCACGAAUUGCCUUAGCUAAAACUUCUACUGCCAGAACAAGCAGAUAAGGUGAAAGGGGACAGCCUUGCCUUACACCUUUUUGGAUUUCAAAAAAAAUCGCUCGCCCAACCAUUAUUCAAAACGCAGCUUUCUGGGCAGCAAUAGAAAAGGUUUAGCCAUUUUAAAAUGCUACUACCAAAACCAAAAUGUUGAAAGGUUUUCCUAAUGAAAGGCCAUUCUAUCGUGUCAAAAGCUUUUUCAAAAUCUAAAAACAAAAGUAAUCCUGGUAUAUUGUUUUCUUUAGCGUAGCAAAUAACGCUAUCGAUAAGGCGGAUGUUUUCUCCGAUAAAACGACCUCUUAUAAAGCCAGUCUGGUCGUAAUUAAUGAGAUCAGGGAGGAGAGGUUUCAAGCGAUUAGCAAUUGAUUUUGCCGCCAUUUUAUAGUCGCUGUUCAGGAGGGUUAGGGGUCUCCAAUUCUUAAUAAAGAACGGUUCUGCGUCUUUCUUAGGGAUAAGUUUGAUAAUUCCUCUUCUCUGGGUUAUUGAGAGUUUUCCAGUUUCAUAAGCGUAGUUCAGUGCGCUAAUUAGGGUGCUGGAUACAUCUUUCCAAAACACUUUGUAAAAUUCGGCUGGUAGGCCGUCUGUCCCAGGGGUCUUUUCUGAUUCCAUAUCUCUUAAAGCCUCAAGGCACUCUUUUUCAGUUAAAACUCCUUCGCACAAAGUUCAUUCAUAUUCGUCAAUGGCUCUUUCAUCACCACCCUCAAAGAAAACAGUUGUACCAUCUUGGUUGUAUGUGUUACCUUUGGAUGAGUAGAGAUUUUUAUAGAACGCCACACAUUCAGUUAAUAUUUUUUUAUCCGAGGUGACAAAUUUGCUAUCGUUUAUUUUAAUUUGACUUAUUGUCCCUUGAUUGUAGUGUCGUUUUUCUAAAUUAAGAAAAUACUUGGUGUUUUUCUCUCCUUCAUUAUACCAUUUAGUCUUAGAUCUCAAAAUUGCGCCUUUGGUGCGGAUUUCAAUUAUCUUUUCAAGCUCAAGCCUGCUUUCAUUCAAUUGUUCCUCCCGGUGUAAGGAGUGCAUUUCAUCGGAGUUUUUAUUAUCGAGAUCCGCUUCUAAUCUGGCAAUUGUUUGUUCCAGAAAUGUUUCGCGUUGUUUAGCUUGCUUUGUUUUGCUCUUGGAGUAGCGGAGCGAUUUUUCGCGCACUUUUAGCUUUAUCAUUUCCCAAAGAAGUGAAGGAUUUACCGAUUCGUCAUUUUUGUACUCAUCGAGUGUUUCCUGAAUCGUUGUUUUAAUUUGGUUUACGUAAUCCAAUUCAGUUAAAAAAGAUGUGUUUAGUUUCCAGAAACCUGGUCCACAUAGAUUUGAAUGUAGUGAUAAGCAUAACGUAGUCAUUGAGUGGUCGGUUUUAUAACCUGGGACGAUAUCUGCGAGGGUCAUGAUGUUAACUGUGCUUUGGCUUACUAGAAAAAAAUCGAGCCUACAGUGCACUUUUGGAUGACGUUGUCUCCAGGUAAAUCUACUAGUGUCUGGGUGCAGAAUCCUCCAGACGUCUACCAGAUCUAGUUUCUCAGAGAAUUCUUGAACAACUUUAACACUAUUUUGGUGAGUUUUAGUAAGACCACCCAUCUUGUCCUUCUCUAAAUCCAGUACAAGAUUGUAGUUGCCUCCUAUAAUAAUAUCAUCACAUUUGAAAUCUGCAAGGUGAUCAAAGAAGUCAAGGAAGAAAGUUGGGUUGUCUUCAUUAGGAGCAUAUAUGUUCCCUAAAGUAAAACACUUUUCAUUGGUUUUAAUGUCGCAAAUAAUGAAGCGUCCUUGGGGGUCAGUGUAAGUUUUUUCUAUUUGAAAAUCGAAGUUGUUGUUGAAAAGAAUGCAUACCCCUGCUUUAUUGCUCUUAUAAGUACUAAAAAUAGCUUGAUAGCCCCAUUCAGCAGACCAUACGUGAUUAGUAUUUUCAGUGCAGUGGACUUCUUGUAGCAUAUAUGCCGAGUAAUUUUUUUGCGAAGCCAAUUAAACACCUCUCUACGCUUUGUAUUGUCUCUUAAUCCCCUGACGUUUAGUGAUGCUAUUGUCAAAGCCAUAGAUAUUCUCUUGGGCAGCUUUGCAGAGGAAGCCUUACAUCACCUGGUGUCAAAGCUCCACAAUCGCUGCACGGUAUGAUAGGAAUUUGUACUAGGCGUUUACUUCUAAAACAAAUGAUUAAGCUAUUAAAACAUAGAAACCAAACAGAACAUGCACAGAUAAACACAACUAAAUAAGAAACCUCUUCGCAAAGGGACAUGGGGGGGAAGCUAGGAUUUUUACCUAGAAUCUUACAGACAGAUAAGAAAAACCGAAGCGCCAUCAGUUACGAACCUCUAUUCCGAUCGCCUAAAUAAUUAUCUAGCAAUUGAUAAUAACAGGUGGCAAAUGUGGUCAAACGAUACUAACGUGAUCUUGGUUACCUAAUGAGUAAUGACAUGAUGAAGAAGCAUUCUCACCUAUCCUGGUAUCUCGAGAGGUUUACCAACUGGCGAAAUUUUACCUUUUAUCAAGAGCUUAUCCGGUUGUGCCCGACUAAAAGAUGCAGGGAUGUUAUUUUUCCUAGCUUCUUUAAAAGUGUCCAUUUGCUUUCUUCUUCUUGCUACUAUUUCGUAGGGUAGAUCUUGAUACAUUUUAAAUCUGCUUCCUCGCAAACGGGAGCCCAAAGCUAGAAUUUCUUCACAGUUCUUAUAGCGGAGGAACCUUGCGAUAAUUUGCCUGGGCUUUUCUUCCUUCUUCUUUCUUAAGUGAUGAACCCUCUGUAUUUCAACGGUGCUUGCAUCUUUGUAUCCUAAUUCCGUCGCGAGGAAGUUGCGAACAACUAAUUCAGUGUCUUCUUUGUCUGUUUCUUGCACAAUAUUUUCAAAAAUUAUAUUUUCCCGCCUCGAGUAGGCUUCCAAAUAGAGAUUCUUGUCUUGUACCUCUUUAAGCUUAGCUUCUAAAUCAUUUUUCUUCUGCAAAUCGGUUAAAGCAAGAUCUGUUUUCUCCUGAUAAAAUUUUAGGCUCGCUGUCGAAUUCUGCUGUUGCUUCUCAGCUUUAUUUAAGCUUUCUUUCAAGUUCUCAAUGUCGUGGCUGGCGAUUGUUUGCGAAUAUUCCAGCUUCUGUAUUCUUCCUUCCAAUUUUUGAAGGGACGUUUGGACAUCAUUUACUGUUGUUUGGAUAGCGUCUAGCUUUUCCAGCUUUCGAUUUAUCUCCUCCAAAGCUUUAUGAAAGCCUUCGGCCAUGUUCAAAACCGUAAAGAUUUCGUCUUCAACCUCGUGCUCCUCGACUUCUUCAGGAGAGUUUACUUCAUCACUCCUCGCUUUUUUUGCUUCUGGUGAAGUGCUCGACUCCUCUGAAGAGGAACGCUCGCUUCUUUUCCGUUCCAAGAUCUUUUUCAACAGUUCUUCCAUUUACCACCCGGGAAAAAAAGAAUAUGUGGCGGACAGAUCAAGGACACGUCUUACGCCAUUGCUACCCAGGCCCCUUUUUCACUCUUAUGAAGUUAAGGAUUGGGUUACUCGAAGAUGACCUAGCAUUCAGGUUCAAAGUUUCUCAAUCACUUGUAUCAGCAAUUCUGUCAACAUGGUUGAGAUUCUUAGCAAAAGAACUAAGUUGGAUGAUUAUUUCGCCAAGUAAAGGUCAGGUAAAGCUACAUUUGCUUGACCCUUUUAAAAGACUUUAUCCAAAUGUACGUUGCAUUAUUGAUUGUUUUGAGGUGUUUUCUGAGACCCCACGUGCUUUAGAUAUUCAGGCAGCACUAUGGUCAGAUUACAAGCACCACUAUACAGUUAAAUUCUUGGUAGCCAUUACACCGAAUGGGGCUCCUCGUUAUGUAUGA